UCAUGUCGCCGUGACCAUUGAUCCUGACCUCAUCACCUCCUGGAUGCCUCGUCGCCUCGUUCACCUCCUUUGCAAACGCCAACUCUUUCCAGCCAUGGUUCUUGUACUCCUUACCCUUGUGAUCGGCGUCAGUCUUGCACUGUCGGCUCACGCCAACCAUUCCAACUGCACUUGGCGCCGCGGGCCCAAGUCCCCGGCAGAAUACGGCUAUAAACCCGUGAGUUUGUCAGGACCUGGGACUGCGAACAGCUCUGCGCUGAGAUCCCUUGGACCCCAGUUUUGCGCCGCAGAGCACAACCUCGUCGACCCGGUCCAGUCGACUAUGGAGUGGACCUGCCUUGGCCCGAAUGAUCGCGACGUAAGCGUGGCCAAUUGGAACAUGAUUGGGCAUCUUGCCCUCGAGUUUGCCACGCCUUGCGGAGACGAUGGAUGGUUUCUCAACUCGUACGGCAUCUGCUUAGGCAGCUCAUUUGCACUGUGUCUCCAGCCGGCCCAGGACUGCUACUAUGUCGAUGACGAAGAUGACUAUAUCCACCUUGUACAACGUCAAUCAGUUGCCCAAAACGCUGGACAUUUGGUAUUGGUCGGAUCAGGUGUAAUCGAUCGACAAGUGAGCCAUGGUGUAAACGCGCCAUUGCUCGUGCUCGUUCAAGCAAUCGAGAAUUGCUCUCGCCAUCUACGAGCUGGUUGAUGGCCGGUGACCCGUGAAGGACUUCGUACGUGACCCACGCACAUGCCCUCGUUUGCGCAGCUGUACCUUUGCGUCGAAGCACUCAGCACUGCUCCGCUCGAAAAGUCUCGACUGCAAUCAUCUAAGCUCCUGACAAUGUGCAUCAUCAUCGCUCUUCGCGCUUCAACCUUUCAUCAUGCUCUUCGCACUGAUACUCGGGAUCCU